UAAUAGAAUGGUUGUAACUUAGUUGAGGGAUUAUUAAUUUGUUACCAGCUGCCGCUAAGUAGCCUAAUACUCGUUUACAGUUCUCAAACUUUUAAUCAUUUCAUUGUCUUGUAUUUGAGGUUUUAUUAUUACAGUAUUUACUUUUAUUGUCACAGUCUUUCUAAUAGAUAAUAAUUGGGAUCAAAGCCAAACUAUAUUGGAUUGGAAAUACAAAUUGGGUGAGUUGGUGGAAUUGAGAUGUAGGCCCGGUUGCACGUGAGACUAGGCACUAGUAGUAUCAGUCAUGAUUGGGAACAACUGAUAAUUUAAAAUGGAAGAAGAAAAUAUUGAUACGGAUAUUUCUUUUCACGAAGCAGUUCGAAGAGGAGACAUUAUAACUUUGAAAAAGUUCAUAGAAGCUGGCCAAGAUGUGAAUUGUCCGGAUUGGGAGGGCAGUGGUGAUCCAUCAAUACUACAGACUUCUGAUAUUCAUGUAAUAAGGUUACUUUGUGAUGCCGGGUGCGACGUUAAUGCUCGUAAUGUGAGAGGAGAAACCGCUCUUCAUUUGGCAGCAGCCAUGAAAAAUAAUUUCAGUGAGGACACCAGUCUGAUUAUGCUAUUACUAGACGCAGGAUGUGAUCCGGAUAUACAAGAUAAUAUGAAUGGUAGAACAGCAAUGCACAUCUUGAUUCGCCAGCUAGCAAAUUCAGAGUAUCUGAAUUUAGAACAGAAAAGGGCUUUCCAAGUGCUUGCAGAGAAGACUAAUUUGAAUAUAACUGAUUCCGAACAGCAAACUCCUCUUCAGAUUUUGGUCAAUUCCGGAAUCAAUAAUUUGGAAUAUUUACAGAUACUGAUCGACAACAACGCCGAUCCGAGUGUGCAGAACGGGAGAGGCGAGACAGCGCUGCACGAGGCCCUGGAGACCGGGUGGACAGAGGGCGCCAUCGCGCUCAUCGCCGCCAAAUCCGACCUCACCAACAACACCAGGUAUCGCGAGACGCCGUUGCACAUCGCGGCCCGGCGCAACCGCCUCGAGACCGUGCCGCACCUGCUCAGCAACCGUGCCCCGGUCAACGCCAGGGACCUGCAUGACAACACCGCCCUGCACCUGGCGGCCGCCAAGGGCUACGCCACCAUCGUCGACAUGAUUCUGGCGGUGAGGGAAACCGACAUCAAUGCCGCAAACAGGGACGGCAUCACUCCGCUGCACAUCGCUGUCGAAAGCGGAUUUAUACCAGUUGUCAAGUUACUUCUAAAAGUGGACGCAUGCGACCUACAGGCUAGAACCAAGAUGGGUCACUCACCGCUGGACUUGGCACAGCAGGAAUACAGACGACGGUCCCAGCCGGAGAUGUCGCUCAUUCUGCUGCAGGAGAUGGAGAGGCGGAAGGGACUCGAACGCCAAUCAAUUCUCCCCGUCUGUCAAUUACAAUCUCAUACAGGCGGCCGGACUAUAAACUACGCUGCUUAACGAGCGACCGUCUACAACAAACAGUAUAACCAAGUGGAAUAUUCAGUAAAGUGACAACAAACAACAGAAUAUCUGUAUAUAUGUAUGGAUAAGACAAAUUGAAUAGAAUACACAGAGACUUCAAUAGAAAAUAAACUAACAAUUUAUACAUACAUAUCGAGUGAAUUUAUUAUAAAGUUGGUUAAGAAAUAACAGACAAUUUACACAUAAAUACGGCAUAUAUUGAGUGAAUUCAUAGAGUUGGGCAGAAAAUAAACUGACAAUUCCCCAAAAAUAUCCGGCUCUAAUUUACGACAAGCUAAUGUAAGGGUGACAUUCCAGCAACGAUAGCAUGAGUAGACUAUCAAGGUUUACUGUCAAAUAUUGUUGUGCAAAAUUUUGCUCUUCUGUUAGAUGUAGAUGAAUGACAAGCUUUAUAUUGAUUGACAAGUAAUAAAGGAAGAUAUGAAGAAUAAUAAAGUUAUAUCGUUUUUUCUUGGAAAUAAAGAUGAUUCGAUUUGAUUUUUGAUAUUAUGACUGUUCUCACUUUCAAGUAGCAAGUACAGUGCUCAAAAUAUUUAGAUGGUAUUCUUCAACAAUAUUAAUUGUUUAGUACUGAUAUAAAAUAAGGAUGAACGUGCAAUCAAUAUAUUAUUUAUAAUAAAUUAUUAUUAAAA